AUGCCUGCUACUGUAAUUUCCAAAUCUCAGAGGAAAGUCCAUGAUACCCAAGCAACUACCAACAAUUCCACGAAUUCGCAUUAUCAUCAAGAGGACACUAUAAAAAAAACUUCAACAAAGAAAAGCAAGGAAGAGCCAGAAAAGUUCUCUAAAAUCCUACAGGCUUUUCCGUUUGUUCCAAAAGCGACGACUAGUGAAUUAUCCAAAGCACACAAGUUCUUUCUUUUACCUGCAGUGUUUGUCAAAAGUGCUACCAAUCUGUCUACGAUACCCGAGAACACUUCAAUACCCGAGGUUGCAUUCAUUGGGAGAAGUAACAUUGGAAAGUCCAGUUUAAUCAAUGGUCUUGUGAACAGGAAUGCACUAGUCAAAACCUCAAGUAAACCUGGCCAUACACAGAUGAUGAACUUUUUCAAGAUUGGAGACAGACUAUCUUUGGUGGAUAUGCCAGGAUAUGGCUGGAAAAGUCGAGAUGAAUGGGGAGGCAUGAUUCUGGAUUAUCUUCAACAUCGUAAAAAUUUGAGAAGGAUUUACAUCCUAAUUGAUCCAUCCCACGGAAUCAAGGACAGCGACAGCCAGAUUAUGAAGUUGUUAGAUGAAUCAGGACUCUCAUACCAGGUUGUGUUGACCAAGACUGAUAAAUUAUCAAAGACAAAAUAUUCAAUAGCUAAAUCAGAGGUUGAGGCUCAAUUGGUUAAGGAUGCUAUCUGCUGCUAUCCUUUAGUCUUGGGCGUGAGUAGUAGGACAAAAGAUGGACUUGAUGAGCUGCGGGCAGCCAUCAUUAAAGCUGGACAACUGUCGCUUUGA